AUGCCGGCCGAGCUCCUCCGGCGGUGGUCCGGAUCCCGCGCGGGCUGCCGGCUGCCUGGGUCCGAGCCGACGCCACAGCCCCGGGCCGGGAUCGCGGGCGAGACUGCCAGGCGGAGGCAGAGCUGCGCGAGUGCGUGCGCUCGGCCCCUGCGCCCCGAGGACACUGUGCGAGUCCAAGUGGCUCGGGUCGGAGUUUGGCGGCACCCACCGCCCGGUGCCGCGCGGCGGGGGCCGGAGGAGGGAGGCAGGCGGAGGGAGGGAGCGCGGGCGGGAGAGAGGCCGGGAGCGCGGGCGGCAGCAGGGAGGGGGGGAUGGAGGAAGCGCGCGGGGGAGCGCGCCCUCGCCCUGGCCCCUCCGAGCCUCCGACUAGUCCUUGCAACUUCUUGGCCUGCCGAUCGGGAAAAGUUGGCCUGUGCCAGCUUUCCGCCGGGGCUCAAACAGAAGCACGAUUACGUGUCUGCUAAGGUGGGCGGGGGUGAAGGCGCAGGCACUGAAAUGGAUAGAUACAGGAGAAUGAUGCCGAACGGUCUGAAAUUCCCUGCAGUGGUUCGCUAUUCACUUGACCCAGAAAACCCCACAAAAUCAUGCAAGUCAAGAGGUUCAAAUCUUCGUGUUCACUUUAAGAACACUCGUGAAACUGCCCAGGCCGUUAAGGGUACGCAUAUCCGAAAAGCCACCAAGUAUCUGAAGGAUGUCACUUUAAAGAAGCAAUGUGUGCCAUUCCGUCGUUACGAUGGUGGAGUUGGUAGGUGUGCCCAGGCCAAACAGUGGGGCUCAAAGCAGGGCUGGUGGCCCAAAAAGAGUGCUGAAUUUUUACUGCACAUGCUCAAAAAUACAGAGAGUAACGCUGAACUUAAGGGCUUAGAUGUAGAUUCUCUGGUCAUUGAGCACAUCCAGGUGAACAAAGCCCCCAAGAUGAGGCGCAGGACUUACAGAGCUCAUGGUCGGAUCAACCCAUACAUGAGCUCUCCCUGCCACACUGAGAUGAUCCUUACUGAAAAAGAACAGAUUGUUCCUAAACCACAAGAGGAGGCUGCCCAGAAGAAAAAGAUAUCCCAGAAGAAACUGAAGAAACAAAAACUUAUGGUCCGGGAAUAA